AUGUUGGAAGGGAAAGCAACAUUCCAAGACACCAACAUGCCACUAAAGAUGCAGCUCCAUGACAUGUCCUCCACCUCAGAAGCUCUCGACCUGUUCGAUGUCUUGGACUGCAGAAGCAUCGCUGCUCACAUCAAAAAGGAAUUUGAUAUGAUAUAUGGAGCUAGCUGGCAAUGUGUGAUGGGAUCAAGCUUCAGCAGCUUCUUUACCCACAUGCAAGGGACCUUCAUCUACUUCAAUUUAGAAUCUCUCGAGUUCCUCAACUUUAAGGACUUUGCAGCAUGA